CGUGUGUCGGUCCCGCAAUGAGUGGCCCAAGCUCCCCCACUGGCCCCGCAUGAUCGACCAAUCAAAGGCGGAAAUUGGUGUGAUGCCCGUCUGUCAAUCGGCAACUUGUGCCGUCGCUGGCUGUUGACGCCAAACUGACCGUCAAGGUGCCUGCCCUCUCUCUGCCUGAGUGAUCAAAGAAAUUGUUGGCCAAAACAAAAACAAACAACAACACCAGCAAACACACACACACAACCCCAAACGAAACACACAGACAACAACCGCCCAUCAUGUCACGACGACCGCCUAGAGGAGAAUAUAUCGAGACCGAUACCGGCAACAAGGUCGCCCGCAAGGCCACUUUGGUCGGCACCCAGAACAUCAUGCUCGGCGGCAAGACAGUCAUCCAGCCCGACGUCAUGAUCCGAGGCGACCUCGCGAGAACGAUUCCACCAGCCCAGUCCGCGUCCGGCGGUCCAGCCAACAACACUGCCGUUGCCAUUGGUCGAUACUGUUUCUUGAGCAGAGGGUGCUGUCUUCGGCCGCCGGGCAGGAUGUACAAGGGAGUCUUCACCUUCAUGCCCCUCCGUCUCGGCGACCACGUCUUUGUCGGCCCCGGUACCGUUGUCCAAGCUGCUCAGAUCGGCAACCACGUCCACAUUGGCGGUAAGGUCGUCAUUGGCGAGUUUGCCAUCAUCAAGGAUUACGUCAAAGUUCUCGACGGCUCGGUUGUCCCCCCAAAUAUGGUCAUCCCCAGCUUCAGCAUCGUCGCUGGGCAGCCGGCGCGUAUCAUUGGCGAGAUCCCCGAGGGAGGCAUCGAAGCAUUCGAGUUGAGGGAUUUGUACAAGACAGUGGGGAAUAACCCCCAGCCGACGGCGCCUUGAAGAGCCUUUGUGGUCAUGACAGCUCUUUGCGAGAAGAAAUACUACAAGAGAUCAAG